GGGGACCGUGAUUGACUCGUGUUUUGCUGGUUGUCAUGAUUGAAGGAGGAGAAGGAGGAGGAAGAAGAAGAAGAAGAAGAAAAGCAGUUGCGUUUGCAUUCCGCGAGUUUUGCCGCUACGCCAUCCGAACAGCGCGAAGUUGAGGAGCCUCUUGUCCCUGUGUAAGCUGCUCUCGAAUGGUACUUGUUUCCAAGGAAUACAUGCAGUUUUAAUUUAGAGAGGAAAUCCUUUUUUUCUAUUCCUGCUUUUUGAGGAAGUGCACAACAGUAACUGGAAGUGAUGAAAAUCUGCUUUUAAUCUGCUUUCACUUAUUGAUUACUUGAGAAUUGCAGAACUAGAUUUCUAUAUCGAAAUUGAUAUUGAUAUUGGGAAAGGGUUUCGUUGAUGUAUAAGAAGAAGAAAUACAUCUCCAGAAAUCAAAUUGCUUGAAGAGUAUUGAAAUUGCGAAGCAUUUUUAAACAAAAUGCAGCUGAAAUGGUUACGAGUGCUGUUGCCUAAAAUGGAAGAUAUUGCAGGGAAAGAGAGUUUUGCCAAUGCUGCGUCAAACGUCUCUAUGAAAUCUGGUACUGGAAGAAGGCAGACUGCAAGGAAGACUGCAGGAUUGAAGAAGUCUACUUUGGAUCAUUCUAGCGCAAAGAGACAACAUUUUGCCUCAAACCAGCAUUUGGGUAAAAAUAAAGAGCCAACAGAGAUAUGUGGUGAUUUUGAAGGAUACAGAAAGGACAUAAAUGAAAUGUUAAUGUUUUGUGUUAAAUGUAAAGAUAUCCAGCAAUUUAGUUUUACAGAAUUACAACAGCACUGCCGACAAAACCAUCCUGAAGAUAAGCCUUUAUUUGUUUGUAGCCAAUGUGGGUUUACUAUUGAUGAUGCAGAACAAAUGAAUGCACAUGCAAUUUCGCAUGAAAUGGAUAACGUAUUGAAUACAAUGCAGAGUGAAAAUAAGGAAGAUCAAUCCUCAAUUGUAGAGGGAAAGCUACCAAAAAGGAGACAUUUGAAGCCCAAUACAAUGUAUUGUAAUAAAUGUAGAUUUUCAACAAAAGAUCCAUUACAGUUUCAAAAACAUAUUCUGAGACAUGAAGAAAUUCAGUACAAGUGUGGACGAUGUGAACGGGUCUGCUAUACGAGGGGAGAAUUUCAGCGCCACUCCGUGCAACAUACAGGAACAUUUCCCUUCAAAUGUAGGUAUUGUGAUUAUGGUGCAGUCCGAAAGGAUUAUGUUGUAAAACACACUAAGGGUGUACAUCGUGACAUCAUAAAAANCGGUGGGUCUGUACUUGUACUACCAAUGAGAAAAGGCAGCAAGAAGAAAGCUGUCUCCAAAAUGAAGAAUGUAUUGAAAGUUAAACGAACAGCAAUGGAACAAAGUGAGAAUUCGGCUAAUGUUGGUUUUCAGAAUCUGGAGGGAUUUUCAUUGCCUUUAGGACUGAAAUCUAUUAAUGGAUCUUCUGAAAUGAAGGAUUUGGAUAAUGCUGCUUCUCUGGAAGCUUGUGUGAACACCUGUGAUAUUGUAAGUUUGGAAAACUCUAUGGUAGAAAAUACUAAUAUUUUGAAUUGCUCUUCUAUGGAGGCCAGCAAAGUCCAGCUGAAGCUGCAGACAUCUUCCAACCACACAGUCCAACCUGGUGCUCCAUUAACUCUGGUUGCUCCAGCACAGAUGGUUAUUCCUUCCAACUGCUUGGCUCAGCUCAUAGAAAUAAAAACAGUUAAUGAGAAACAACAAUUGGUAUUCAAAAUAAUACCAUCGACUGCUGUCCCUAUGUUAGAAGCUAAUGCAUCUGGAGUGAUUGCAAAGCCAUCACAAGAACUGAAUAAUGCCCACAUUGUACAACCGCAGAAUCGCAGAGUCUUAAAUCAAUCAUGUACACUGCUGACAAACCAUGUGGAUCCCACAAAUGAACUGCUCCAGUUAGAUCCUAUAAAUAAAAUUGCAGAUACUAAACAGAAUAGAAUGGGCCUAAAUGCUAACUUUAUCAUUUCAAGGCCACUCUCUACGAUUGAUGCAGAAUCGGUAUCAAACAAAAAGGGUGUAUUAGAGUGUAGAAGUGAAGACAGUUCAAAAACAAAUGGAAGAGAAGAAAAUCUAACUUCAAUAAGAGAGUCUAGUGAAAAUCAGCUAAAAGAUGAAGGUCUUGCUUAUGAACAACUGGAAAAAGUUACAGAACACAGCAAUUAUGGAAAAAUGACCUCUGGCAAAGGUUCAUUUACAAAACCAUUUGCUGAAAGUGUAUAUGUGACAAAUAAAACUAAAAUGAUUUUUUGUAAUGCUCAAAUAGCAAAAGACGACAGUUGUAAAAGUUUUAGCAAAGCAGUUGUAUCAUUCCCCUCGUAUAGGACUCAGCAAAAUAUGCAACUUAGCAUCACAUCUCCUCGUACUUUACUCACUGUUGACAAAGAUUCAGAAUUACAGACUAAGUCAUCCACCAACUGCACAACUCGGGCUGCUAAAAAUAGUGAUAAGCAAAUUACCCCUAAUUUAUGUAUAGAACAGACUGGAUUUAUAUCUAACAAGAUGUUUCACACAGAUUAUUCAAAAAAGCAAAGACUUACUGAGCAAUCUAUUGGUAUGGAAACUUGCAAUAGUUCUAAAAUUCACAGUAAGUGUUCUGUUGCUUUAAAGGAAUGUAGUAACAUAACUCAAUUCAAUUCUGAGGAUUGUAGUGUGAAGUGUGUUAACAAUCCGUAUCCUGCAUUGGAGCUAGGGGUCAACAGCAGGAAUAAGCUAUAUUUGUCCGUUCAGGACUCUGAUGCAUCUAAGCACAAACAAAUUAAUGACAGUACAGAUAAAACUAAAUCAAGCUGCAAUCAUAUUUUGAUUACACAGGCACAAAGUCAGAGUCCAAAAAGUACAGCAGAUGUUUAUGCAAAUGGGUCAUCUAUAUCUACAUUCUUGAAUGAAUUAUUAGUGCCUGUGGGUGACAAAACUGAAAACAAACACUCAUUGUCUCUUUCCAGUAUGCAGCCUGCACAGGACUCCAAAGUAUCUCGAUCACAAGAUGCAGCAAUAAAUGCAGAGGUGGUUCCUGAUUUUAGAAACCAGUGUGACUUAAUUAGAGCUGAGACUAUUGAUGAUCCUUCUGUCAGUAUACAAUGGCCUAUCAUUUCUUCUGUAUUUUCUCUUAGCUGUGGUUCUAACGAUGUGCCAGAAGCUAUUCGAUGGGAUAAUGAGCACGAGAAUACUUGCUCUCCAUCCAAUUCUGCACAAGAAACAUCAAUAGGUAGUAAUUUGCAAACUAAAUCAGAUUCCCAGUUUGUAAAAAAUGGAGAUGGAAAGGAAUAUCAAAGAAACUGCUUAUUUGCAUCAUCUGAGCAUACUGUAAAACCAGUUGAUCACUUUUACGCUAUUCAGACAAAGGCUGAGAAUGUCAUAACUAAUUCUGGGCAAAAGGAGCUGAACAAAAACUACCAUUUUGGAGAGCCAAGUCAAAAAAAUCCACCAUGUGUGUCAACAUGUGGAAAUAUAGACCUCAAUACAACGUCGGUUCAAUUAGUAACAAUGCUAAAUGGAAACCCAUUUCACCUGCACAAUGGCAGUAACAUCUUAGCUGAACAUUCUUCACUACAACCAUCUCUCCCGUCUCCAAUAUCACCUGUGGAAAUUGAUGAUCAUUCUUCUCCAUGUCAUUCCCAACAGUUACCUGAUAAUGUCAGUGUGUACAGGGAUGUAUCCCAUAUAUCAAGUGGAUAUUCUAAAAAAUCAAGCAGUUCUAAUGUCUCCUUGGGAUCUUCUGUCACAAGCAGUACAGAAGGGAAGUGUGCUACAAAAAUGGAUAGCAUUGUACAGAGAAUAGAAACCAGUGAUAUGUCUGAUACCAAUGUGAUUCCAUUAAGCACUGUCACCCGAAACGAUGAAACUAAUUGCCCCUCAGUCUUGGGUCUUAAAACAUUUCCACUUCUGUCCUCAGAACCUGGAACUUUUCAAAACAAAGUAAUGCCGAGGACUCUAUCUUCAACUGUAAGUGAACUCGGGAUAGCUUCAGUUUCACCUAAUUAUAGCGACACCACUUUAGUUGCAUCAAUGCCUUGUGGAAUUUCGCCAUGUGGUUUGAAACCACACAAGUUAUCUUCAGUAAAUCCACAUUUUACAAUUGAAAAUCAAUUGGUAAUGCCACUUUCAAACAAUUCUGAAUCAACAACAAUUCCAAAUUCAAGAGGAAAUUAUUUUUUCCGGAAUGUUUGCUCUUCUCCAGAGGAAGUACAAGAAGGCAAAACUGGGGUAGCAUCCUCAUCCGUCCAUGGGCUUAGCUUGCAAGGUAAUAUUUCAUCAUUUGUUUCAAAUUAUAUUCCAAGUGCAGGUUCCACAAGUGCCAAUUCUGCUUCUAAUCAUACUGUUCAAGAACUUGGUGAAGAGUCUUACAGUUUUGAUGAAACCAUGCAGCUCAUAGAAAAGAUCACCGUUUCAACCAGAGCAAAACAACAAAGUUCUAUAUUGUCAAGCGCAUCUGCUGUAUGUAACCAAAGUAACCAUAACAAAAGUCAAUUGAGCAUAAACAAAACUACGUCUAUCAUACCUCUUGACAUUGAACAAAGUAAACUUAAAUCUGAAGUAUCAGAGAACGUCUCUGAACAACCUGAACACGCCACAAAGAUUCUAGUAUCACAGAGCACAGUUGAAAAUGGAUCUGUAAAUUAUGUUCAGGGACAGAAGGUAUCAAAUCCACAUCAGCAGUCCAGCUCUGGAAACUCAUGUGUUUCACGACUGUUGAGUUCUACAAAAUGCUGUAUUGAUUUUGACAAUGCAUCUUCACAUUUCCUAGUAAAGCGUAUUUUAGGCCCUGGGAAUUCUAAACAAGGAACUACCUACAGAGUUGUUCCCAGUGGUAUUGUACUUAAAGUGUUGAAUCCUGUUGAUGACUCCAAGCAGGAGAAAAUAACUGCUGCAACUGUACAUUGCCAAUCCCUCCCUCAGUUAAAAAACCUUCACAGAGUAUUGUGUCCCACACCAGUGACAUUUAGCAUGGCAGCAAAAUCAGUGUUGAAAACACCAUCUAUGACAAAGAAGCAAAAAGCUUCUGCCAAAACUCAAUCACAAAACAAUCGCUCAGCUGAAGCAAAAGCCCAAGAAACCAACCUCUGUGAUCAAUCUUUUGUUUCCACAGUGGGUCCAAAUUCAACUGUAUGUGGCACUGCUUCAGUUAAGACAGUUGCUCAUCAUAAAUCUCAACUGUUAAAAUCUGGGAGGAAAAUGCCCCUGAAUCGCAGGAAUAUGAGAAAAAGAAAAUUUGAUCAGGUGCAGGAUAAUGUCACAUUAAAAAAGACCCAAAAAAGGGAUAUUUGUCCUGUUUUUGCUGGUAGCCAUGAGUUAUUGAAAACAGCCCGCAGACUGAGGCUCAGACCCUUUAAUGAAGAUCAGUUGGUCAAAUGUCCUCGUCGCAAUCAGCCCGUAGUUGUGUUAAACCAUCCAGAUGUGGAUGCAUCAGAGGUAAUUAAUGUAAUGCAAACUAUAGGCAAGUAUAAAGGACAUGUUCUCAAGGUGGUUUUAUCUCAAAGAACUGUUAUUUCUCUUAGGCUAAAAGAGAAACACCAAAGACGGGAGCUAAGAAACCGAAGCAAAUCCAUUGACAAAAGGAAGAACUGUAGGGUAGUCAGUCCGGUAAAAGAAAGACACAUGUUGAAGAUGAAAUUAAAAAAGAUCCAUAAAAAUAAUUAUCAAAUAGUGAAAAAUGUUCAAAAUGAAUUUCUGCAGAUCAAAUUCCACUGUUGGUUUUGUGGACGAAUGUUUUGCAAUCAGGAAGAAUGGAUUGCUCAUGGACAACGUCACUUAAUGGAAGCCACCAGGGACUGGAAUGAUGUUACCACCAUUCAGGAAAGUGUAGUAGGUGAAAGCAAAGACUUGAACAUGAAAAAAGGAGAAAGAAAUCCUAUAUAGCGUGUCUUGCUGAGGAAAGUUACAGAUAUUGAGAAGGUCCUGAGUUGUCUUUUUGCGUAAACAGGCUCAAUGUAAACAAAGGAACAACACACAAGUAAUUCAUUGUGGGACCGUUUUUGUUUGUAAUUUAUGGAAAUCCUAUUUGCGCUCUUGCCCACUUGCAUAAAUUCCAACUAUCUCAGCUGUCGUGAUAGUAGGGUGCUACCAUGGUCCUUAAUAUAUCUAGACUGCUGAGGGUAAAAAAUAAUCCUGGUUUCCACUUCUAAUUACUAUCUGGAACCAGUGCUAUAAAAACUGGAUAUUGGAUGUAGAUGAUUGGCUGGUUGUGAUACCUUUUAUGUCAAGUAGCCUGCUGACAUUUGUGGCCUAGACUCAUACAGGAACAAUAGAUACAUUGGCGCAAUCCCAGUGGCUGCUUGAAAUAUAUUCUAGCACGUUUCUUCAGGCCAGGAGCGGUGGACAAAAAAAUUUAACAUGGCAGGAAGAGAACUACAAGCUGCAAUUUGUUGGAGAAGUGAGUUGGUAAAAGUGAUGCAAAAAUAAACCAUUGUGGUAGUCAACUGACAUCAAAAAUGAAUAAAUGCAGGGGAAAGCUGAAUGUUCUGACAUAAGACUGUACAAAUUAGGAGGAAAUUAUUUUGGCAAAUACAAAUUGCGGAAGAAACGUAAACAUGCUUUUUCUAACAUUCACAUUUGUGACUUCUGUAAGAAGUAAAAUUUUUUAGUGGUUAAAGGUUUGCAGAAAUGCAGCUGAACAAUUUUAGUAACUUGAAAAAAAAGAGCUAUUUUGUGUAAAUAUUUUAAAACAUCGCUUUAUAAUUUAACUCAUUUAAUAUUCUUGACUGAAGGUUGGUAACAUUUUUAAUGUAAUAUUCUUGACUGAAGGUUGGUAACAUUUUUAAUGUAUUUCCAUAUAUUAGACCAGUUUGUAGUAAAUUCAUAUUUUAUCAAGUAGAUUAAGCACUAAAAUGCAUACUAAUUGUAUUCCAAAUGCUGACUAUUUGUUGCAUACUGUUUGAUAUUUUGGAAUGUUUCUUUUAAUAAAAUUAAAACCUAUG